UUUUGACAGCCGGCCUGCCUGCCUUGCCUGCCGAAUUAAAAAGAAAAUCUGAAAAAGUCGAGAAACCGCAUGUAUUUGUUGUAAUUUUUUGCAUUUUUAGCUGGAAAAACUCGAUAGAAAAUGGCCCAAAGUAAAUUAAACGAUCUCGCUGGCAAAUUCGGCAAAGGCGGCCCACCCGGUCUUGGCCUAGGACUCAAAUUAUUAGCGGUUGGAGGUGCUGCAGUGUGGGGCAUUUCACAAUCUAUGUACACAGUUGAGGGUGGACACCGUGCUAUCAUGUUCAACAGAAUAGGAGGAGUCCAAAAAGAAAUUUAUACCGAAGGAUUGCAUUUCCGUUUGCCAUGGUUUCAGUACCCAAUUAUUUACGAUAUCAGAUCAAGGCCAAGGAAAAUUUCAUCCCCAACAGGAUCAAAAGACUUACAAAUGGUAAACAUUUCCCUCAGAGUGCUUUCUAGGCCAAGUGCCAGUGCCCUGCCAACAGUUUACAAACAAUUAGGUUUGGAUUACGACGAAAAAGUGCUACCCUCUAUUUGCAAUGAAGUACUUAAAUCUGUUGUUGCCAAAUUUAACGCUGCGCAGCUAAUAACACAAAGACAGCAAGUUUCACUUUUGGUAAGAAGAGAACUAGUAGAACGUGCCCAAGACUUUAACAUAAUCUUGGACGACGUUUCAAUCACUGAAUUGUCCUUUGGUAAAGAAUACACUGCAGCAGUAGAAGCUAAACAGGUGGCGCAGCAAGAGGCUCAAAGAGCCGCUUUCGUAGUUGAGAGGGCCAAACAAGAGAAACAACAGAAGAUUGUGCAGGCUGAGGGUGAAGCUGAAGCUGCUAAAAUGUUAGGAGAAGCUAUAUCGCAGAAUCCAGGUUAUUUGAAAUUGAGGAAGAUCAGAGCAGCCCAAAACAUUUCCAGAACGAUUGCCAAUUCUCAAAACAAAGUCUACCUCAACGGCAACAGUCUAAUGCUGAACAUUUCCGAUCCGGAAUUCGACGACCUAAGCAAUAAAUUGAAAAGUAAUGACGGACCUAGUAAUUUUGACUUAUUACUGGAUAAAAGACAAGCAUCCGGCAGUGGAGUUACCAUAUUGAAAUUGUCGCAAUUUGCUGCUGAUAGAAUCUCGCCUAAAAAUUUUACCUAAAAAACAUUUUUUUUUAUACAUUAGACUAUAUAAUUAUAUAUUCAUAUUUGUACGUGUAGUACUUUAAAAUUUUUAUUCAAUAUAUUUUUUAUAUUAUCAAUAA